UUAAAGGUUGCACCUUCUCAUUGCGAAGGACUGAACUUGACAAGCACCCAAAUGUUAAUAAAACAUUAACAUAAUGUAGACAGCAAAGGACUGUGACCCUGUGAGACCAAUGUUUAGGUGUAUUUUGGGAUCACCUGGGAAGCAUUUGGCCUCGGUGUCAGUUCUGCUGCAAAACAGGAUGUCCACUUCAGCAGUCCCUGUGGCAGCAGUCUGUCAGGUAACGGCGACCCCAGACAAAGAGGCCAACUUCUCUGCCUGUAAACACCUGCUGGAGGAAGCCAGGCAGAGAGGGGCCUGCAUGGUUUUCCUGCCAGAGGGAUUUGACUACAUUGGAGCCAGCAGAGAAGAAACCCUGUCCCUGUCAGAGACUCUGGGAGGGGAUAUGAUGUCCCGAUACACUCAGCUGGCCAGAAAGCUGGAGGUGUGGCUGUCUCUUGGAGGCUUUCAUGAACGAGGACCUGACUGGGAGAACGAUAGGCGUAUUUAUAACAGCCAUGUCAUCAUUAAUAACAAAGGUGACAUCGUGUCAGUCUACAGGAAGUCCCAUUUGUUUGAUGUGGAGCUGCCAGAAAAAGGCGUGUCACUCAAAGAGAGUGCCUUCACCAUCCCUGGAGCCUCCCUGGCUCCUCCUGUCCACACUCCCAUUGGCAAGGUUGGACUGGGCAUCUGCUAUGAUCUAAGGUUCCCUGAGUUAUCGCUUGCUUUGCAAAGACACGGCGCAGAGAUCCUUACAUACCCAUCAGCUUUCACUGUAGCAACAGGAGCUGCACACUGGGAGGUGUUGCUCCGAGCUCGAGCAAUAGAAACGCAGAGCUUCGUCUUGGCCGCGGCGCAAGUAGGCCGGCACCACGAGAAGCGCACGUCCUACGGUCACGCCUUAGCCGUGGACCCAUGGGGGGACGUGCUGGGGGAUUGUGGCGGGGAGAAGCCAGGCAUGGUGCUGGUGGAAGUGGACCUGGAGAAAGUCAAUAGAACCCGAAGGAACAUGCCUGUCCAACAGCACCGCAGGGACGACGCUUUUUACACCAGCCUCAGUCAAAUUUGAUUUUAGAUUAAAUGUGUAUGCGACCAAGAUGGGAUGUAGAAUUUUUGAUUCAUUGUUGAUCACAGAAACCUUGAUUACUGAUAAUUGGGAAUGAAAAACAGAGUUUCUAUGCAGCCCUAAAAAGAUAAAAUCAUAGGCUACCUUUAUAUAUAAAUAUAUACCUUAAAUAUAAGACAGAGAAGGAAUUAAAAUCUUUGCUUGUAUUAAUUUUAAAAAAUGGAUCAAAUUGUGAUACGAAUGAAAAAUGUGUGCUUUUGGUUAUAUAAUAAUAAUGUUUAAGGAUACAAUGUAG